AUGGCCGACAGUGAAAGCCCACAGACAGGGUUUAGCUCUUUCAAAAAGAGAAAGAAAAUCAUUGUUAAUCGGAAAAGGAAGAAUGAAAGCUCGGAAAGCGACGAAGAUGAUGUUUCGGCUGUCAAAAAGGUUGAACGAGUGGGAAGAAAAUAUAAAGUUCUUGGAAAUAGCAGUUAUCCUGGAAAAGUUGGCCUAAAUCCGGAUAAAGCAAAAGCGCCAUCUUCAAACAGGGACAGUGACUCAGAAGACCAAAAUGUAGAAAACGGAAACGACAGCGUGCGAAGUAAAAAAAGUAUUUCUGUAACUUAUGAUUCUUCAAGGACAGGUAAACGAGAAGGCCCUGACGACAUGGGUGCUACAUCAUUUUUAGAAAUUGAAACACAGUUUGAUCGUGAUGCACAGGCAGUCUAUGAAAAACAACUCAAGGUAAAUAAAGAAAAGAAAGGCGAAGAAGAUGAUAAGUUAUAUAAAGGUCAAUCUGGGUAUGCAAAGUAUUAUGAAAAAAGAGAUACUGCUCAAGGAAAUGCUGCAAGUGGGAUGGUUAGGCAAGGACCAAUUAGAGCACCACUAAAUAUUAGAUCAACUGUUAGAUGGGACUACCAGCCUGAUAUCUGUAAAGACUAUAAAGAGACUGGCUAUUGUGGUUUUGGAGACAGCUGUAAAUUCUUGCAUGAUCGUUCGGAUUACAAACAUGGAUGGCAGCUAGAAAGAGAGUAUCAGUCUGGUGAAUACAACACAAAUGAUCCUCAUGCUUAUGAAAUCGAUAGUGAUGACGAAGAACUUCCUUUUGCUUGUCUGAUUUGUAGGGAAAGCUUUAAGGACCCGAUUGUUACAAAAUGUAAACACUAUUUCUGUGAAAAAUGUGCAUUGCAGCAUUUCAAGAAGAGUUCAAGGUGCUUUGUAUGUGGUGAACAAACCGCUGGAGUUUUUAAUACAGCUAAAGAUAUCAUUAAAAGAACAAAAGAAACAAAAAAGAAAGAUAUGAUAAAGAAUAAAGAAGAUGACUGAUGUGUCGUACAUUGCAAACACAACAUCAAAAG